UCCGUCGGCAUCGACACGCGCUCAGCGUAACUCAAGUAAGGCAGACGCCAGCUGUCAGUCAAAGGACAUUUAAAUGGCUACACCGUGCAAGAACUGUACAGUCGCUCGCGCUGUCAUGAAAUAAAUAACUUAAUUCUUAUUUCACCCCCGUUAAUUUAAUAGCGGUUUGCUUUUCUUGUAUCGCAAACAAAGAAACAAAUCACUCGUAUAUUUCUACAUCUACGCGCUCACGAAAAACCCCAAAAAUGAGCGAGGAAGAAGAUACGUUGGUGAAAACUAGACAUGCAUUUGAAGAUCUGUGUCGAGCUCUGAAUAUGGAUGAGGAGUCGAGUAACGAGGCAUGGAGGAGUUAUGAAAAUAUCAGCAAAAAUUACACCCUGGAGGGCAGUGAACUGCACUGGUUGGCGUGUGCUCUGUAUGUGGCGUGCCGCUCAUCGGUGCCCACUAUAGGUAAAGGCACAGCCGAGGGCAACUAUGUGUCUCUGACCCGGAUCCUGCGCUCUUCACAACAGAGCCUGAUUGAGUUUUUCAGUAAGAUGAAGAAAUGGCAGGACAUGGCCAACCUGCCCAAGGACUUCCAGCAGAGCACUGAGAAACUAGAGAGGAACUUCACCGUCACCUCCGUCAUCUUUAAGAAAUACGUGCCCUUGUUCAAAGACAUCUUCAAGGCGCCCACAGAUGAAUUACCCAGAACGCACCGGGGCAGGAAACAGAGACGACAUCCCUGCACCGUCACUGAGGUCUUCAACUUCUGCUGGAUCCUGUUCAUACAUGCUAAAGGAAACUUUCCAAUGAUCAGUGAUGAUCUGGUGAACUCGUAUCAUCUGCUCCUGUGUGCUCUGGAUCUGGUUUACUGCAACGCUCUCCUUUGCUCUAGUCGUAAAGAUCUGCUCAACCCAUCUUUUAAAGGGCUGCCUGAGGACUUCAACAGUAAAGAUUAUAAGCCCGGCCCGGGUUCAUUAUGUUUCAUAGAGAAGCUGUGUGAGCUUCAUGAUGGGCUGGUGCUGGAGGCCAAAGGAGCAAAGGAGCAUUUCUGGAAACCCUUCAUCAAGAAACUCUUUGAGCGCAAGGUUUUGAAAGGGAAAGAGGACACGCUGACAGGGUUUUUAGAGCCGGUGAAUUUUGGUGACAGUCUUGCUUCGCUGAACCGUGUUUAUGAGGAACACGUGUUAUCAUCUGGUUCUCUGGAUGAGAGGAUAUUUCUGGGAGAAGCGGCCAGAGAAGACAUUGGCACCCCAGGACCUUGUUUGUGUGAAGGGACAGAGAACCAGGAACGACUGACCAACCUCCUCCAGAACUCAAUGACGGCAUCUGCUCUGAAAGUGUCCACUCCUUUGACUGGAAGGAGGUACGUGCCAGAGAGCAGCGUGGGUACUCCCGUUUCCACAGCGAUCCAGAGCGUGGGCCGUCUGCACACUCUGCUGACAGGAUUCAAAUAUAGACCCAGCAUGAGACUCAGAGACAUAUUCAGAUCAUGUGUAAGAGACCCCAGCGAGUCCAUAGCAGCCAGACUGAAGGAGAUGUCAGAGAUUUUUCUUAAGAAUUAUGAGGGAACAGGAGAGGAAAACAAGAGUCUGGCAAGAGAUGUUGCAGUGAAGUAUUUUUGCUUGGCUGAAGCACUUUAUUACAAAUCACUGGAAGUGAUCAUCAACCAGGAGAAGAAACGGCUUGGAGACAUGGACCUGUCUGGCAUUCUAGAGCAGGAUUUACUUCACCGAUCACUGAUCGUCUGCUGCCUGGAGAUCAUCAUCUUCUCAUAUCGACCCCCGGGAGAGUUUCCCAGAGUCCUGCAAAUCUUUGACCUCCCUGCUUAUCAUUUUUAUAAGGUGAUUGAGUUGUUGGUACGGGCGGAGGAGGGUCUUUUCCGGGAGGUAGUCAAACAUCUGAACCAUGUUGAGGAGCAGGUAUUAGAAUCUUUGGCGUGGAAAGGAAAUUCCCCACUUUGGGAGAGCAUCCGAGAGGCCAAGAACUGCGUCCCUGCCUGCCAGGAGGUAAUGCCUCCUCAACACCUGGAAGACAGUUCAGGAAACAACACACACACUCCCAGCAAGAGUGGGUUCAGCAGUAAUAUCUCAGUAAAAGGAGUUUCUCCAUCCCCUACAUCUCUCCAUGACCGUUACAACUCGCCUCCUACUGGUACGGCCUGUCGCCGCCUCUUCGUUGAUGGAGAUUCAACCUCUGAGCCUGCUCAACCUGUUAAAGUGGCGCAGCCAUCUCUGGUCAGCCCCAUCCCAGCCGGACAGACUGUGGUCACCAUGGCAACAGCAACAGUCACAGCAAACAAUGGCCAGACGGUCACCAUACCGGUCCAAGGGAUAGCAAAUGAAAGCGGUGGGAUCACAUUUAUCCCGGUGCAAGUGAGCGUGACAGGUCAGAGUGGGGGGGCUCUGCCAACCCUCAGUGCCCAGGCUCUGACAGGUACCCUGACUACCCAGCAGCUGACGGCAACACCCACAGGCACAGUCCAGAACAACCCCAGCCCUGCCAAACCAGACAGGAAGAGUCCUCAGCAGGGAACACCCACCAAACGAGCACAAAAGACUGGCUCCCUCUGCCUUUUCUUCCGCAAGGUGUAUCACCUUGCUAGUGUGCGUCUCAGAGACUUGUGUGCUAAAUUGGACAUUAGCACAGAUUUGCGCAGGAAAAUCUGGACAUGUUUUGAGUAUUCACUAGUGCACUGCACUGACCUCAUGAUGGACCGACAUCUGGACCAGCUCCUCAUGUGUGCCAUCUAUGUCAUGACUAAGGUGACGAAAGAGGACAAGUCCUUUCAGAACAUCAUGAAGUGCUACAGAUCUCAACCUCAGGCCAGCAGCAGUGUAUACAGGAGCGUGCUGAUCUCUGGAAGAAAGAGAUGCCACUCAGGAAACAGUGAAAACACCCACAGACAGUGCUCACCCACAGAGGGAGGACAAGAACAAGGCAGCGGUGAGAGCAGUCCCGUGUCCAUGCGCUCCAGCAGCACUCUGCCCAUUCCCCAGCCCAGCAGCACCCCAUCCACCCCGACCCGGGCCCCUGGGGUCCCCCAAGAGCAGGAGGAGGAGAGGGGAGACCUCAUCUGUUUCUACAACAACGUCUACAUCAAACAGAUCAAACAGUUUGCUCUGCGUUACUCCAGCAACUCGCCGAAAAAUGGGGCUGAAGCUCCGCCCCUCUGUCCGUAUCCCUCUGUCCGCAUUGGUUCUCCACGCCGGGUGCUCCUGUCCCACAAUCACUCCAUCUACAUCUCUCCACACAAGACCGGCAGCCCAAUUACUCCUCGAGACAAGAUCUUCUACUACGUCAGCUCAAGCCCAUCCAAUCGGCUGCGAGAGAUUAACAGCAUGAUCCGAACGGGCGAGACGCCCACCAAGAAGCGAAGUAUCGCCCUGGAGGAAGAGCAGCAGUCUCCCGCCAAAAGGCUCUGCCAGGAGAAUCAGACGGCUCUGCUCAGACGCCUGCAGGAUGUGGCCAACGACCGAAGCUCCUCCCACUGAUGAGGCCACAGCAUCAACACCCGUAAAGAUACAAGUCACCCACAAUACCCACGCUACGUUCCCAGUGUCAGUGUUUUGGACUGACAACUGUAUUUACUCCUGUCCACACAGCAGCUUACAAUAGAGGAUUGAAUACUGUCCGUUUGAGUGUGCAACUCAAGUCAAGCCUGUAUUCUAUAGAGCAUGAGCAUUGGUUCUGGAAGUAAAAAAAUCUGUAAAAAAAUUACACCAAUUAAAGAGUCGCAGUGAAAAAAUUGUCUCAAAGGAGCACUGGGCUCCACCCACUCCCAUGAAGCACGGCAGAUUUGUAAUUGGGACUCUUAAAACACUUAAAUAUUCCGAUAUAUAUAUAUAUAUAUAUAUAUAUAUACAUAUUUAUACGAUCAGAUUCGAUUCAAGAUUUUAAAAAAAAAUUAGAUAAACAAACCAAGGUUUUGUCUGAGCUCUUUCCAUUUAAAAUGAUAGGCAACCACUGCAUUUUAAUCAUGAUCCAAACAAAGAUUUGAUACAUGCAAACAUGAGCAGUUUUUAAUCUAAAUUAGUAUCUGUAUAAUUUCAAAAUUUAAAGCAAAACCAGAAUUAUUUAACUGCAGUUUUAUGAAACUAUACAUAAAGAGUCUCUGCGUGAAACAGAAACAGCAGAUGAGCUGAAUGAGACGCAGAUUCACUCUCUGCAAGCAGGUGGCGCUUAAUGCGUUUCCUUGGUUACCGCUGUAAACAAAGCAGCGCUGCACUUAUGAACUUUAAUAUGCUUUAUACAGAGGCAAGAUUAAAAUAAAAAUGAGUGGAAAAAAAUUCUUCCAGAACCAGUGUUGCUGAAAAAGUUGGCGAGCCCUGACAGACUCUCUCUGUGACCUGUAACCCCAGCGACAGUGACUAAAGAAAGUAUCAGUUUGAUUAAUUGUGAUUUAACUACCGCACUGUGUGAACGUAACCGUAUUAAGGACUGAUAACCGUAUUCUGCUGCUGUCUGAAUGUGGCCAUAGAUUACUUUAUGAGAUUCUUUUACCCAAAAAAAAACAUGCAUUUAUAUUUGAAGGAAUCUAAAAAAUACUCCAAAUCCACUAUUAUGCUGUUGUUACUUACGUAAAACAAAAUAAAUGUUUGUUUUUCCAAUCAAUUUUGGAAUAUGGCACGCCGCCCUGCACAUGACAGAAAAGAGUAAGAACCGUGUCCACAAAUUAAAACUGUUUUCCCACUACUUAUUUAUUUGUGACCGUGUGUACCAGUUUUGGUAAAUCAUGGUCAUGUUGCACUUAUUUGUUUUAAUGUCAGAAAAUUCUGGGAAGGUUUGGAAAUACACAAGUUUUUUUUUUCGGUAAACUUCAUUUAGUGGCCAAAUUAUUUUAAUGAAUUCCUUUUAAUUUAAUUUAAUGUAAUUUUAUAGCAUGGUUUAACCAAAAGGAGGAAACAAAUUAGUACGUUCAGACAAUUAACUGAAAACAAGGGCUCAAACUAAUAAUUUGUGGGAAAUAAAUCUUAAAUCCAUGAUAUCUUUUGUUUCCCUGCAUGUCAUGUGCGGAGCAGCGUGAACAUUUGUCAAAAUAUCUCAUUUGUGUUCGAAAGACUUGAUCAUGUUAUUUUUGAGAGGAACAUUGCUUUAAAGCCAUUUUCAGUAAAUAAAAGGUAAUGGCUAUAAAAAAAAUCACAUCUAAUUAAUCACAAUCAAAACGAUCAACCAAUGAUCUCAGCUCAGAUAUUUUUGAAGCUAAAAGAGUAUUUUGCAGACACAGAAAUGCUCAGAUGUGUCAUAAAACUGAAGAAGAUUUGAAGCACUUGACGACAGAUUUGUUUGCUCUGAGUUUACGGUGUGUGUUUUAUAAAGAGUUAUUUUUCAUAAAGAGUUUUAUAAUGUAUAGAGAUGUAUGUGAACUCGGUGUGUCCGUGGAUUUGCUGUCUUUUAUGUGUGUAAGCCUGGCUUAUAUAUUUAUGCUGUUUUUCUAACUUUAGUUUGUUAGACAAAUAACUUCAGGUAACAAUUAUGUUAGACGCUGAGUGCUGUUUCGAUGUAUUUAUUUGCCCAUGUUGUUUUCUGCAUGUAUUAGAUGUGUUCAGUUCUGAAAGGAGUUUAUUCACUAGUUUCUGCUCGUUGACAUGAGAUCAUGCUUUCUUCCCUCACUUUUGAAAGAUGAUGUGUUUGUUGUAAGUGCCUUUUCUCCUGAACCCUUUGCCUUUCCUGUUAAUAUCUCAAAAUGAUCGUCCAACAUUAAUAAAUCUGUUUGUAAACAAACAAAAAAA